AUGGAUUUACUAAUAGAUUCUACGAUAGGAAGCGCCAUGUUUUCGUUCAUGGAUGGGUUCAGCGAAUACAAUCAGAUCAGGAUGGCACCAAAGGACGCAGAGAAAACUGCUUUCAGAACACCUAUGGGCAAUUUCUACUACACUGUGAUGCCCUUCGGGUUAAAAAAUGCAGGCGCAACUUAUCAAAUGACGGUCAUAUUUCACGACAUGAUGCACCAGGAACUAGAGGACUAUGUGGAUGACAUAGUGGUUAAAUCAAAGAGGAGGGAAGAACAUUUCCACAUGUUGAAAAGGGCAUUCGAAAGAUGCAGAGCCUUUAAGCUAAGGAUGAACCCCCUCAAGUGCGCAUUUAGGGUGUCCUCUGGGAAAUUCUUGGGUUUCCUGGUUCACAGCAGAGGGGUAGAUGUGGACCCGGCCAAAGCCACGGCUAUAGCAACUAUGAGACCUCCGAUCACGGUCCCUAUUCACAAAAAACCAUUGCUACUUUACUUGGCCACCAACUCGUAUGCCAUUGGUGCACUAAUCGCCCAGGAGGAUGGAGGUGGCGUUGAGCAGCUAGUGUACUACAUUAGCCGUGCCUUAAAAGAUGCAGAAACUCAUUAUCCAAGGGUGGAGAGAGCAUGCCUGGCCAUUCAACCGAUCCUCUCUGGUAGAAUAUCCCAGUGGUUGUUACAAUUGUCACAGUACGACUUGAGAAUGGGGACACCUAAGGUGAUGAAAAGUCAGGCUAUAGCGAAUCUAUUGGCACAGUUUCAGGGAGAGGAAGAAUUCCCGCUGGAUGAUGAAGUUCCAGGGGAAGUAGCCGUGGCGGAAGAGUUUGGAGGGGUGGGAGUAGUCUUGUAUCAUGAAGAAGACAAGGUAGUGGUACUAUCGUUCAAGUUGGAAUUCCCAUGUUCAAACAACACGGCGAAAUACGAAACCUACCUAACUGGGUUAGCCAUGGAUCUCAAAAUGGGAGUCAAACAUUUGAGAGUAUUGGGAGAUUCAAACCUGGUUGUCUGCCAGGCCAAGGGAAGCUUUUCCUUAAAAGAGCCCAGCCUAACCUCAUACAGAGCGAUGGCCCAGAGGAUGGAAGAAAAAUUCUCAACCUUCGAGCUAGAGCAUGCUCCAAGAAACGAAAAUCGGUUUGCGGACGCAUUAGCCGCACUGGGGUCGCAAAUAAUUUUCAAAGGGGAUAGCACUGGGAUAGAAGUCAGCAAAAGGGAAGAAUCUAUAAUUGAGGUGUUGAAGGAAAGGUUCUGGGAGGAACAGGGCGAAAGGGAUUGGCGAAUCCCUAUAAGGGAAGUCUUGAUAAAGGGAAAAGAUGCCGCAGAAUUAAAAAUACUAAAAAACUACGCCUUGGUGAGAGAGGAGUUGUACCCCAGGAUGCUAGGUGGGGUCUUAUCCAAAUGCAUGGGGCAGGAGGAGGCCUAG